AUGCCGUUGUGUGAGGAGUGCGCGACGGUGUGUUUGGAGGUGGUUUUGGAGGAGAUGACGAGGGCAGAGGAGGAGGAGAGGUACUACGAGGGAGUGGUUUCGAGGCUGGAGGCGAGGGAGGAGGGGGAUACGGAGGGCGUUGACGAGUUGGAGAGGGAGUUGGAUGAGUGGGUGGAGAAGUUGGAGGAGUUGAGGGCGAGAGACGCGCGUUUGAGUGAGUUGGAGAGGCGCGUGAAUUCGCUGAAUGAUCAGUUUGUGGCGGAAGAGGAGAGCUACUGGAGAGAUUAUUCUAAGUGGAAAAUGAUAGAGAGCGGGUUGUGCGCGAGGAGGUGGAAGAUGUUGUGCGAUUCGGAGAGAUUUGAGGGGAUGUUGGAGAGGUUGAGGUCGUUGUAUCCGUUGAACGACGUGUUUCACAUAUGGCACGACGGGCAUUUUGCGACAAUCAACUCGUAUCGCGUGGGGACUCGCGCGCCGGGGAGCGGCGAGGUGGUGCCGCAUCAGGAGGCCUCGGUGGCGCUAGAGUUUUUGGCGAUGGCGGUUCAGAGGAUAUUGACGGUGCUGAGUCACGCAUGUUCGGAGUGGGAGAUCCAACUGAGUGGGAGCGGCGCCUGUUUGGUGCGGAGGCCUUCUGGGGAGCGGUACGUGCUGUGUUCGGAGAAGAGAGGCGUGUUUUCGAAGUUGGUGGUCAAGACGUCUUUCGACGUCGCGUUGUGCGGUUUGGUGUGUUGCGUGGCAGAAAUUGGCGAAGUUUUGCUGAAAGCGUCUGGGUUCGAGUUGCCGCACGCGGUGGAGCGGUGUGGGAAGGUCGCUGGGAGGUGCGUGAGGAGGGCGGCGAACUCGGAGGAGAGCUGGACGCAGUGUUUGUGUUGUUUGACUGCGAACGUGAAGGCGAUUAUUUGGUGGUGUUCGGAGAAUCGGGAUUUGACCGCUCAGCUGUAA